ACUCAAGACCUCUGCCUUCCCAGUCCCUUCCCUACGGGUUCAGUUUAAGACCGGGAUAGCCAGGCCUGAGACAUCACCUCCUCAGGAAAAUUCUCACCCCCUAAGUGUGGUUUUCAGAGCUCAGACUUAGUUUGCCUGGGAGGGGGCAGCCCCAUGCCUCCCAGAGUGGGGGAGUUGAGUCCUGACAGAAGCAAUAGAGCCUCUGGCAUCCCUGAGAAGCAAGCAUCCCUAGGGAGAGAGGCAUCAUAUUCUAGAUACUGGGGCAUGAAGGAAGUGUGGCCAGCUGCGGACAAGUCCCAGGGCACCUGAGUGGGUCAGCAAAGGUCAAGAGACUGGAUUUAGAUUCACCACUGACUCAUGGCUCUGCUAGGCCUGGGUCUUUCCCGCUGAGCCAAAGGCCUCCCCCCCUCAGCACACAGCUCUGAAGUAAGGAAGUCAUCCAAGCCCCACCCUAGCUGUGCCCUGAAGCGGAAAUGUUUGUCCUUGUUGAGGCUGAUGGGAAAAUGUAAAGCUAUGACGUACUCUUUCCUGUGAGCCCAGAUACUGGAUUCCUAAGAAGCCGCCCCCACAGUCUCAAGGUUUUAGCACAUCCCAGGCCCCUGUGGCUUGUUCACAAAUGGCCAGGCCAGAUGACUGGCCACUUCAUAAAAAACAGGGGCUCGAAAGCAAGCACCCUUCUGAUGAGCACAGCUACCCCCUCAUCUGCAAUACUCCAGAACUCCAAGCCCCCUCCCCCGCCCCCCCAUAACUCAGGUACUCUCUCCCUGCAGCAGGUGCCCAUAACAUUAACACUUAGGUUAUUCCAGAGUCUGGCUGGAGGGAGGAGUCCUGGGAAGGAGGGGCAUGCUUGCUACAGCCAUCCCAUGGUAACUGCACAACAAAGCCUUCCCUGCCCACAGGCCCUCAGGGCACUCAGUGGAGACCGUGGGGCCAGCAGAGCUUGGAGGCCAAAGGCUGCAGGAGAGACCUGAGGACCAGGAUGGAAGUUUGCCUCACUCGUCGCCUGCCUCCAGAUGCAGCAGGUCAAGAGAAGUCACACCCUACUCAGAGCAGGGAAGACGAUUAAAUUCUGUACUUCUGAGGCUAGAGAGAUCUACGGGAGUGACGGAGUCGGGUCUGUCCCUUCUGGCUAUGGUCGGAAGAAACCCAGAAACCAGCUUCAUGUUGCCAUUCUGCUGGUGAAAUCAAGCGGGAGGGGGGGAAAGGAAGUGGACUUUUAACUGCUCACCCCGUCAGCCUCCAAAGUGACCAAGGGAAAAGAACCCUGGGCAGAGGUUCCAUGAUCAUUAUCUAAGCAACUCCUUCCCUUGAUUAUAUCUCUAACAGCUCUUAACCUUCUCUAAGCAGCCCACGCACCCCCAAUUGAUCUACUUGUUCCAAAGACACAGGCAUGUCCAUGGCUGGCAGGACCCUGCCAUCUGGACGCCAGGAAGAGGAGACUACCAAAGACCUGGCUCUGAAAUUACCACCAGGGAAGUCUGGAGGUCACCUGCCCAGCAUUAACGAGACCCGACCUACAGGCCCAGGCCCAGCCUCCCGUCGUGGCUCCCUGCUGAGCCUACACCCAUCCUUUUCCCGCCGCAACUCACUGGCAGGACCCCUAGUAGGCCCUGGGGGUCGACGGCUAUCCCUGGGCCCAAUGCCCCCUUUAGGUGCGCGAGUCAGCUUUUCUGGGCUACCGCUGAUGCCUGCCCGUCGGAUGGCACCCUCCUACCGCACAGAACCGGCACCGGGGGAGCGCUGGGAAGCAGCAAGCGCUCAGCGGGCCCUGGAGGCAGCGCUGGAAGCCGAGCUGAGCAACGCGCGCUACUCCGGUACCGAGGCGGGGAAAUUGGCACAGGCUCUGUGCGAACAGAUCCGCCUUCGGGUGCGGGAGCUCCGCCUACCCCGCUACAAACUGGUGUGCAGCGUGGUGCUGGGCCCACGCGAGAGACAGGGUGUGCACGUGGUCAGCCGCGCACUCUGGGAUGCGGUGCACGAUGGACUGGCCUCUGCCACCUUCACCAACACUUCGCUGUUUGCCGUGGCGACUGUCCACGCGGUCUACUGGGAAUGAUAAGGCCUUCAAGUUCUUAA